CACCGACUUGACGAGCCGACAAUUUUUCGUGCGUGGCUUGUUAUGUAAGUGAAAGAGGUCCCCUCCCCGCUCUCAUUCACUUUGGUCUUUUCUUUCCACACCACACCGAAAAUGUUCAGCGAAGUGGCCAUUUCAGCUUCCAGCACCGACUCGACCGUCUACGUAUGGGACAUUCGAUCGGGAUCUACAUUAUUUUCGUUCAAACAGUCAAUGAGCCACAAGUCAUGUCUUGCCACAGUUGCAAAACCCAAUGCGGGUCUACAAACAGGCGCGAUCGUGACAGCUCAAACCGAUCGCGCGGUUCUCAAUGUAUAUCAGUGGCAACGUGAUCAAGUAUUGCACAAGAUGCCCAUGCCUGAGAAACUCGUCAGUGUCGCCGCGUCGCAUCGAGGCCACCUUGUUGCAGGCGGUACAGCGAGUGGUCGCGUAUUCUUAUGGCAAGUUUCAACCGGAAUGCUUUUAAAAGUGUACGAGGCCCAUUUUCGACGCAUUACGAAAUUGGCGUUUAGCGGUGACGACGCAACGCUUUUGACGGCCAGUGAGGAUGCGACUGUUCAUGUAUGGUUGUUGGGGAAUUUGCUGGAACAUGACCAGGAGGAGAGCAGUGCACGACCUGCUCCGUUGUUUUCAUGGUCAGAUCAUACGUUACCAGUGACCGAUAUGCACGUUGGCGCAGGCACCAUGGCAACAGCGCGCGUCUAUACGUCAAGCUUGGAUAAUACAGUCAAGGCGUGGGAUCUUUCUACGGGCGAACUGUUGACUACGUUCCUGUUCCCAAAAGCAGUGUCCACAGUAAUUGCAGAUCCGUCAGAAACAAGGCUGUUUGUCGCUUGCGAAAACAAGAUUUAUCCUGUUGAGCUGUAUCGCCGGAGGCACGAUAAGACAUACAAUGCAGAUGUUGUUGAAAGCGGAGGUGGCAUGGCCAAGGUUGAGUCGAUCGGUAUCAAGGCAGUAGAUGCAUCGGGAGAAAAGGCCAAUGGCCAAACAGAAGGUCCUGUAUUUGUUGAUCAUAGUGGAACCGUAACUUCGCUUGCUUUGUCGUUCGAUGGAAGCCUGUUAAUAUCUGCUUCAGAGGAUGGAGAUUGUAUAGUUUGGGAUGUCACUAGCAGACAGCCUCUACGCAAAUUCAAAUCACAUAAGGGUCCUAUCACACAUGUCUCGUGUAUAUUACGACCCUCAGAGCUUGUCACUGGCAGCAGCAGCAACACAUCUAUUCCUAUGCCAUGGAAGACUUUUAAACGAACACUAGCAACGGAAGAGGAAGAACAGCGAAGCGAAUCAUUCCAGUUGAUGACGGAUACCCAAUCGGACCUUCAACGUCAUCAGCAAAUAUUGGAACCAGGUCCCCUCUACUCGUCUAUUCCUUCUUGCUUACAAUCCGUCAAUUCUGUUGAAAACGCCGUGAAACAGUUAAAUGUAAGACAGAGAAAUAGACUAUCAAUGAAAAGAGGUUGCUUAUCCAUUUGAAAUAUGAUUACCAGGCACCUGGCUCGAGUAGCGCACUCCAAAACAAAGUAUCUAGUCUGGAAGACGAACUCUCGCGACUGUAUCAACAUCACAAAAAGGUCAAGUCGCUACAAGACAAUUUGCACAAUACCAUGGUUGAUCAAUACAUGACGAAACGUCGAAAAAUAGCAUCAUCAUCAGCGUCAGCAUCCUCAGAAGAUUAGGCAACAAAAUUGUAUAUAUAUAGUAUAGUAUAGUAUUAUU